GUCGUAUAGUACAUCCGGGGAACUUCGCGUGAGCAUGCCCAAAUGAACGCUAAAAUAUUGACCUUCAUUCGCAUUUUUCUAGACCUAAAAUACACUUAUUUACAUUAACUAAGGGUUAUAAAAUGUUCUAAACAAUACACAUGCCAUUGCUGUAAUAUUGUAUUUACAAAUAUCUCGUGCUAUAUCAUCGCCAUGGCCAUGUUUUGACGGUAAACACAUGGGCCUGACAAGUGGUUGGGAAGGAAAGUAAACAGACUACAGCUAUUUUUGAUUGAACUGUAAUAGAAAGAAUAGGAUUGUGAUCCAGAGAAAGCAGAAAGAUGGGAGCAUUUUUAGACAAGCCAAAGACGGAUAAGCAUAAUGAGGGUGGUGUAGGAAAUGGAUUGAAAUAUGGUCUAGCCAGUAUGCAAGGCUGGAGAGUUGAGAUGGAAGAUGCUCAUACAGCAGUAAUUGGACUACCAAGUCUGAAGGACUGGUCAUUUUUUGCCGUCUUUGAUGGUCAUGCUGGUGCAAAGGCUUCGGCCAUGUGCUCCGAUCAUCUGAUGGAUCAUAUCAUAUCAAAUGGUGACUUUCAGAAAAUGGAUUUAAAAUCUGGCACUGAAACGCAGCCCUCGUUAGAGGCUAUAAAAUCUGGUAUUAAAACAGGCUUCCUAAGUAUGGACGAGAAGUUAAGAAAUACGCCAGAAGUGCUUAGUGGUCAGGAUAAGAGUGGUUCUACUGCAGUUGGUGUGAUAAUUUCUCCUACUCACAUUUUCUUUGCUAAUUGUGGAGAUUCUAGAGCAGUUCUAUCAACAUCAGGCAAGUGUGCAUUUUCUACAACAGAUCACAAGCCCAUCAACCCAAUAGAAAAAGAAAGAAUACAAAAAGCCGGUGGCAGCGUGAUGAUACAGCGAGUUAAUGGAUCUCUGGCUGUGUCACGAGCCCUAGGGGAUUUUGAAUACAAAAAUGUGGAGGGAAUGGGCCCAUGUGAGCAGCUAGUUUCACCCGAGCCAGAAAUCUUUGUUCAGGAGAGAAACCCAGGUGACGAAUUUCUUGUUUUGGCUUGCGAUGGCAUCUGGGAUGUUAUGACCAACGAGGAACUUUGUGACUUUGUACGCAAUCGACUUCAAAUAUCAAACAGUAUGGAAAAUAUUUGUAACCAAGUCAUAGAUACUUGUUUAUAUAAGGGUAGUAGAGAUAACAUGAGUAUUGUUGUAGUUACUUUCCAAGGAGCUCCGAAAGUUUCAGAAGAAGCCAUCAAAAAAGAAGAAGAGUUAGAUGCAAAAAUUGAAGCUAAAAUAAAAGAAUCAUUAUCAGCUGAGGGUAAUGAUGAAUCAGGGGAGGCAGAUCUUCCCUACAUAAUGCAUGUCCUAGGAGAUAUAGAAGGUUUACCACCUGGAGGAGGACUCAGUUCAAAGCGUGCAACUGUAGAAGCAAUUUUGAAUAAAUUACGACCUCCAAAGUCAGAUGCUGCUGAAAAGUUGCCCUAUAAUAGAAGCAAAAGUAGCAAAUAACAGUAGACAACUUAGUAGGAACUAUCAAGGACAGAGGACGAGAACGAUGCCACAGCCAUUGAUUGAUACCCAUCUAUCAUAUUAUCAUUGAGUAUAUUGUCCAGCGUGUAUGUCAGACGAAAGAGAAAAAUCACCAGCGAAUAACACGUUCCUCAGCUGCACUAUAAAAUGAUUGAAUUACGUCACACGUUUCCUUUUUCCUUUCUUUCGAGAAAUGACAACAAAUAACAAAACACUUGAAUCAUUUUGUUCAUUAAUUCAAACCAAACACCACCAUGAUUUUAAAGUUUUAUACGUGCAAGAGAAAUGAUAUAUACACCUUUCAUUUGAUAUUUUUUUCCCCCAUUGAAUAAUAGUGAAAUCCAGAUGACGUGUAAAAGGGAGAUGCAUGUUUUUUUUUUAUAUAAGUGUGAUAAUAUAUAUUUUUAGAUAUCUACAAGUUAAAUUAAAACAGUAUAGUACUUAGAGAAAAAUGACGGAACAAAUGAAAAAAUGCAUCACUGGCUGGAUUAAUACCCAAUACAUUGAGAUGUUGUUUAAUCGAAAAUUUACUUAACCCCUAACCUGCUGACUUUGUGUAAUUGAUUACGCCAGCUUUGAUUUUGGAACAGUCCAUUCAUAUUCUAAUGGAUCAAAAUACAAAACAUUGAGCUACCAACAGUAUAGGGCCUGGUCAGACUAUAUGGAUGUACAGGCUGACCUGGCUCUAUACUUGUUGCCGAGGCUAAUCGCUAUUGGUUACAGCAGGUUAUGGGUUAAAACUUCAAUAAUUUUUUUUUUGUACUUUAUUUAACAUUUUAUUUGCUGUUGGCUCAAAUUGUUGCUAUUGAUAUAGAGUUUUAUAUCAGUUACAAAAGAUGGGUUUUUUAAUUAUGAGAGAAUACUGUCAGUGCAUCACAUCAGAGGGACUACUUUUUUACCAGGUUGGCCUCAAGACAGAUAAAACAGUGCAUCAUCAUGGGGACUACUUUUUUCCCAGUAUUGGCUGUACACAAAGUAAAUACACACUUAACAGUGCCUUCAUGUUUAAUUUCUUGAAAUAUUAACUAUUUGAACUUGGAAAGAUAUAUAAAGAGGUCAAAUUUAAAAAUGUUUUAGUUCAGGAAUAGUACCUAUUUAGUAAUAUAUUAUUUUUUUAACAGACGCCAUCUGUGAUCAAAUAUGUUUAACUUGCAAAAAUUUACACUUGUUCUGUUAUAGUAUAUUUGAAGAUAUGGAUUUUCCAUUCACCAGCCUAGCUGGUGUGCAUAAUGAUAAUUAAAUGAUAUGGGUUCUGAAACAAUAUAAACAGAAAGCUUCUGUUAUAGAUCUACAAAAAAGUCAGUCAUUUUAGAUGCUUAUUGUGAUGUAACACUUGUUCAUUUUGAGGAAAUUAUACAUAUUAAUAAGAACGUAUAGAUUAAAAUGUAGGGGAAGUUAACACUUGAUGAUCUUUUACUUUUUGGCAUUGAAAUGAGGACAAUUUGUAGAGAUUUGAAUGAAUGGCUGGCUAUGUAUUAAACCUCUGUUGUGCUGCUCUGAACGUGUGAAUCAAUCUGUAUUAAUUAGUUAAUUGCUAUAUGUAUACUUGUUUAACUUUUUCUGUAAACUUACUUAUUGUUUUAGAGUUUAUUAGACUCCAGUUAAAUGUAUGUAAGUGUCUCACUACAUGUAUAAAUGGCAAAUAAUAACGGGGACGGACGGGGGAGUGGGCGGGGGGAGAAUUAGAGGUGAUCAAGUUUUGCAAUAGCAUUACUCGUCAUCUACAUAUUAUACUUAGUUUGUAAAUGCCAGCCACUACUAGUAAGGUGCUUCAUCUGUGACGAAACAAUAUAUAGAUGUACAUAAGUUGAAAGCUAUUUACUUGAUAAUAAUUGUGAUCACUAUAAAAGUGUGUCUAUGAUAAAAGUCUAUAGUGGUAUGUUUCAAGUAGUAUGGAUAAUUUGGAUGGGAGAAAAUACAAUAUAUUUCUUUUACUAAUAGGCAGUACAUACCUUAUUAAAACUUUGUAAUCUAACUAUGUAGUAAAAUAUAACUAGGUAAAAUGUAGAUAAAUACAUUUUCUCCGAAAUUAAAGUUCUACUAUUUUUACCCACUAUUCCAUAUUUGGGUAUGAUUUGAUAGUGUUAUUACAAAAAAUAUUGUCACAUACAGAAGUAAAAACCUUGAAAAUAAUCUUUAAGACAAAAUUUUCCUUAUGUUAAUUAUGGCUCAGUUUAAAUUGUGCUAACAAUGGUUAUGUCGCAACAUUGAUGAGAGUUUUCAAUUUUUGUACUUUGAUUAUGGGGAUUGACUUUAUUAGGAAGUAGUGACGAUUCCAUACAACGUUUGUUUUGAGGCACUGAUUUGUUCCUGCUUGUCAACCACAAAGUGGUCAUUUCUUUUUCAUUCUUUUCACAACAUUUCUUAUAUUUUAUGUUGUUUUAUGUUUGAUUAUAUAUAUCAUUGGUUGAAUAUUAAGGCAUCUAUAGUUUUUUCUGGGGUAACUUUAAUAUAAGGUUCUUUAGUUGUGUCCUUUACUUUGAUUUAGACACGCAACAGUCUGGUUAAAAGAAUUGCACUUUAGGCUACUUCUGUAGACGGUACAAAAAGAUGGGAAGUAGAACUUUAUUAGUUUUGUGUUUUGUUUAUAUUUCUGAUAAGCUUACUGCAACAUUGUUAAAACUUGAAUAAUGGAAUGUUCUUGCUUCAUUUUCUCAAACUGUCUAAUUUUAAGAUAUUUUUUAUUAUAUCAAAAUGCUUUCCUUCAGCAGCUAUUAAAGCAGAUACUUUUGCUAGGCUAAAAUUUGGUGAAAUCAACAUUGAAGACUAAUUAACCAGGUUAGAUAUUGGUAAAUUUCCAUUUUCUGUUCUGUUAAAUUUUUGUGAUACUAAGAACGUUAGUUUUUAGCAUUAAAAAAAUGAGUGAAAUUUAAUCCCUUGCAAAAAUUUGUGAUUUUAUGAUAUUACUUGGUAAAGCUUGUAUGGAUAUAUAUUGGCAGCAUUGGCAGUUUUUUAUGGCUUCUAUAUUGAGGGGCGUCUUUAGCCAAGUGGUUAAAAUUGUUGACUUCAAACCACCUGUUGAUGUGGAUCCCUGCCUUGGUCUUUGGAUUUGUUCAUUUAAGGACGCAGCUAGUUAGCUUAUGAAACAUAGGUGGUUCUGCUCAGAAGCCCGUAUGUGCCUGAAAUAAUACACCGGCAGGUUUUUCUUGACUAGAUAAGCUGGAAAGUCGCCAUAUGACCUCUACUGUGUUGGUGCGACAUCAAACACAACUAAAAAAAUUAUUAUAUCGUAUUAAUCAGAUUUAUAUUAUUUUCCCUCCUCAAUUAUCGUCCUCUGAUGUAAUUAUUGUUGUAUUGAUGCUUAGUUACAGAUGUAAUGUCCAUGGAAGUUUUUAAUAUGUUGACUGGCAAUAAUUAGAUUAUCUAAAUCAAGAGUGUCCCAGAAAUAUUAAGAAAUAACAUAACUAUUAGUACAGUAAUGUUAAUUAUUUAUUGGGUGUUUAUGAUGUGUUUCAAGUCAUAUUUACAUUAAUAGGAACUUAAAUUUAAGUUGUCAUCUUGGUGGAAAACUAACAAAUAUUUUGUAAUACAUGUUGACAUGAACUCACUUGAAGUACUGAACUAGUACAUACUUAGGCAAGUAAAUAUUAUAUAAUUAUCAUUGUAAUUGUAACAUUUUCAAAUGAAAAAAGAAGAAGGGAAUAAUAUAGUACUACUAAUUCAAUGAUAUUUUUAAUCUUGUGAAAAGAUGAUCUAUAGAAGUAUGUAAAAGUAUGUUUAUGCCACAAACAUGAAACUGUUGUUUUCUACUGUCUGCUUGUGUAAAUGUUUGUUUAAAAGCGAGUGCCACAGAUAUAAGCCUUCUUGUCUUCAGGAAAACAACAAUUCUCACUGUGAUAGAAAGUUAAUAUCAAUUUUUCAUACCCUACCACCUCUGCUUGUUUAUCGGAUUUGUCCGGCUUUUAAAUUUGGAACUUUCCAUUUUGAAUGUAACAGUAAGGGUUUUGUUGUUUUUUUUAAAAAGGGUAAACUGCUAAGAAAAAUAGGCUGCCAGGAUUAAAGUGUGCAAAUGCACGUGCAAGCUGGCCAGGUUCUCGGAUGCAUCAGCCAAGUCUUGUAGCAGACAAUAUGUUUUAACUUUUUUUCUCCUUUGUUAGAGCAAAUUUUAUGUUUCAUGUUAAUCCUGCUUUUAUUAACUAAGUAAGAAAAGUCGCAAAAGUAAUAAAUUGUUUUUUUUUCCUCAGCAAGUUAUUAGAUAAAUAAGAGAUUUCUUUUCAUUUUAGAGGGAAAAUGUUAAAAAUUGCACAAGAAGAGAGUAUGCAAUGAAAUGUUGAUAUAGAGUAUGUUAAGUUAGUAUUACCAAAUUACCUUCAUUGAAAAGACUACUUUUAUGUGAGAAAAGCUUACGGAACAUCAAUUGUUGCAUGUUUGUGCCUGAAAUAAUGUACAGAGGGGCACCUAAGGUCUUCCUCCACCACUCAAGUUGGAAAGUCGCCACAUGACCUAUACUGUGUUGGUGCGACAUUAAACUUGAUUUAAAAAGAAAAGAAAGAAAGACUACUUAAAGUAAGCAUUGAAAAGCAGCCCACCUUAACUAACAUAUACUCCAGACAGUAUGUCAUCAAUUUUUCUCAGCUGUAUGAGGAAUUGUAUAAAAAAUUAUAGAAUUUUAUAGGAGACUUUGUACUUGUACUAUGAGAACUGACUGUUCUAAUUCCAUUAUAGAAACAUAGAAAUAUAUCAUUUAAUUUAUUUUAUAUAAGUUCCCUAAAGAAAAAUAAUUCUAAAUCAUUCGGACAAAAUGUCAUUCUGUAUUUACAUAUUUGUCUAUUUUUUGUUAUUUUUUAUUAUUUGCUAUUCUUGAUAUUUUUUAUACUUUGUUAAAGAAUUUCCAAUGUUUUAGUGCUAUAAGAAAACAUACAAAACAUAUAUGUGCUUGUGAAUACAUUUGUAAUCAAAUUAUUUUAUUCAUGAUAUUACUAAGAUAUAAUUGUUGUCUUUUUGCAGGAUUUCUCGUAAUUGACGCAGGUUUUUUAAAAUGUCACAGAGCUAAAUUACAUCAUAUAUAUAUAAAUAUAGCUUUCUCUGAUAUGAUUUAAAUUAUAUUUGAAUUAUUUAAAUUGACAAUGCAGUUUGUAUUAUGCAUAAUUAACUCUUUAUUUUUGAAAUUGGAUAUUUUUUUUGUUUUCCAUGAAUAUGUUGGUGCAAAGCUGAGAGAGAUGUAAAAGCCAUCGGCUUAAAAAAUUUCCAGGUUGGUAGACCGACUGUUCAGAAUCAGGACGUAAUUUCUUUUUCUCAUGUUUUAAGUUAUCAAUUUCAGUAUAUAUUUUUUUAUAUAAACAUUACUCAUGCUUUUUUUGUCAUUUAUUAUAACAUAUUUGAAGGAUGAAUGUGCAAACCUUGUAUCAAAGGGGAUAAAAGCUUAGCCAACAGUGAGACUAUAAUUGAGCCGCGUCACGACAAAACCAACAUAAUGGGUUUGCGACCAGCAUGGAUCCAGACCAGUCUGCGCAUCCGCGCAGUCUGAUCAGGAUCCAUGCUGUUCGCUAUCAGUUUCUCUACUUGUUAUAGAAUUUGUAAGCGAACAGCAUGGAUCUUGAUCAGACUGCGCGGAUGCCCAGGCUGGUCUGGAUCCAUGCUGGUCGCAAACCCAUUAUGUUGGUUUUGUCAUGACGCUGCUCAUAUAAUAAUUGAUCAUUUUCACAAAUUAUUUAUAUGAUGUAUGAUUUUCUUUUUUGCAAGACCUUUCAUUUAUAUAUAUAAUUAUCCUGUUUAAAAAGCUUAUAAACUGUAGAUGUAAUUAAGUUCUUGAUUUGAUAGUAUGUACACAGAAUGAUUGUACUCCCCCCAGAGACGGUGAAGUGCAAGUUAUAAAACGUAUGAACGAGAGACCUAUAUGUAAAUUCAUCACAGGCGUCAACAGUGUACCAGUGUAAGCACAGACAGUUCUAUUUCCUGGUUGAUUUCAAAAAGUGUAUAAAGCUAAAUAUAACAUUCGAGUUUUAAAAAAAAAGGAAUAUGCUUCUAAAAUGCUUGUAUGAAAUAAAUAGGGUAGUAAAUUGCCUUAAAAAAGAAACAUAGCAUGCACAGAAUCAUUGCUAAAUGGAUAAUACCCUACUUAAAAUAGCAGAAUGAUGUUUUGUUCCGAAACAUUUUAUUCUGUUUACGUACAAUAUUCACACAAGUGUUAAAUAACAAAGAAUUGACCGUAAGAUUAUGGUUAAAAUGAAAUGAUUAAGAUAUGAUAAAUAUAAACAUAAAGUUUAAUAUUUUAAGUUACCCUCCACCAUAAGUUAUACCAGAAGGUUAAGAACGUUAAUGCCUUAAAUCCUCAGUGAACCGGAAUACUCGUUAACCCAGAAAGUCUGGUCCGGACCGUGUCUGAUUUAGUGAACUUUUACUGUAAUAAAACAGAACUGUUUGUGUAAUGCUGGUAUAUAUUUGUUGCCUUGUGUUAUUGGAGGAUGGACUUACAAUUUUCUAUGAAAUGUGUUCUCACAUAGGUUCCUGUUCAUGUUUUAUUUUGUGUAUACCAUGUAACAUGUUAUUAUGGACGUUUGUUAUUUUGAUCAGGUUUCAAGCAUUUUUGUACAAAUUCAUUGUAUACCUAAUCAUUUAUGAAUUUGUAUGUUAUAAAAUUAUUGUGAGAAUGUUA